AUGUCUAGAACACUCCAGAACUUCCACCAGCAAGAAUACCGGGUCUCAAAGGAUUGCUCUAGAAUCCAAGAAAGUGAAUUCUUCAGCUCUGGAGAUGCCCUCACUACACAGGUUUUUCUCAAAUACUAUCAUGUCGAGCAGUUAAAUUUGCUGCUGCGAGAAGUCAUAGGCAGAGUGGUUGUGCUGCAGGCUUAUGCCAAGGGGUGGCUUGGAGCCAGGAGAUACAAAAGAAUCAGAGAGAAGAGAGAGAAGGGGGCCAUUGCCAUCCAGUCAGGGCACCCUUCAGACCAAAGCAGUGAUCUGCAGCCCACUGUCACAAGGGAAAGCAAGGGAGGUGUCCAGGAUCAAGACCACCGUGAACCUAGUGACCACACAGAUCAUAAAAGAAGUCCACAAACAGAAUUCAACAGUGGCCAUGCAGAGACUUCAAGCAACUCUCCUGUUGUCACUGAGAAAAAUCGGCAUCCACAAACCCAGUGUUCUCCAAAAGGGUGUGAUGUCUCCACAGGACAUUCAAAUAAGCACUCCAUUUCUGGGACUGAUCUGCUAUCUUCUUGGACAUGCCAUGCUGCCCCAGGUUGCCCAGGACCAAGUCCCUCAAAAGGACCCCCUACAAAGCUUGUUUCAGAAAACGGUCUUAUACAGAAGCAGCGAACACCUCGCCGAAGAUGUCAGCAGCCCAAAAUGUUGAGUAGCCCUGAGGACACCAUGUACUAUAACCAGUUAAAUGGAACUCUAGAAUAUCAAGGGAGCAAGAGGAAGCCAAGAAAACUUGGCCAAAUCAAAGUGCUUGAUGGAGAAGACGAAUAUUACAAAUCUUUGUCACCUGUGGACUCUGUUCCUGAGGAAGAUAACCCAUCCUGCCCUUUCCUUUCUUCCUCACCCUCAAAAGGAGCAUCUUUUGCUCAGCUCUGAGGUGUACUUUCUGCCCCCACCCCAGUCUGUUCAGGAUAGUAUCUCUGCAAGAAUACCUGACAUGAAGAAAACCAACAAGGUGAAAAAUGCUGUCAAGACAAAAUAACUGACCCUGGACGAAACAGAAAUCAUCCCGGGAAUACCACAGUUUUUAAAAGCUUCAUUGCAAAACCAUUGGUGUUCAUGUUGUGAGCUGCUGAUCUUUCUUCCAUUUUGGUACAUCUGCAGACAUGCCUCCAUCCACUUUAACUUUCUUUAUUUUUAAAUGUCAUGCAAAUACAGAAAAAGGCACAAAUCAGAAGACUCAACUCAAUAAGUUAUCAGAAAAUCGGUAUCUACAUAACUGCCCCUCCAGUCAAGUUAUCUGUGUAACCACUCCUACAGGCUGAAGAUUAUUAGAAAGUAUCUAUAUAAACUAUCUGUGGGUCCAUUAGAAUAUUGUCAGCAUACUAGAAGUCUCCCUUUAUCCAUUCCCAAUCACCCACCUCUCCAAAGGCAAGCAUUCUCAUGACUCAGGUAUAAAUACUUCCUUGGUUUUCUUUAUAAUUUUGCCAUUUACACACAUCCCUAAACACUAUAGUUAAAUUUGGCUUCUUAUGUUAGGUUCUAGGAGCUUUAUAUAAAUGG